CUUCCUGUGCCGGGCGGGGUCAUGACCUCGCUGCGUUGCCGCCCUAGGUCGACUCGGCCUUAAAUGAGCUGCCCGUUGCUAAAUGUACUGUACACACUGAGGAGACAAAGGCAGCAGGCCGGGCGGGUGUGUGUGCGUGCGUGCUCGCUAACGGCAUUUUUGCCAGAAGUCUGAAAGGCUUAGCAGGAGUGUGUGCGCUUGCAUUCGUGGUGUUGUCCGUACCUUAAUAAGUGCUCGCUAACAGCACGUGCGGCUCUAUAAGGACACAUCUUCAGUGUGCGUGUGAUGCAUCUGAGUCGGGUGGCUGCCCUCUGCACGCUGGCUCAUCACGCGAGCUCGAGGCUUCUCUGCGCACGCCUCCUGAGCAGCUGUGCCGGACCCUUCUCCCCCUCUCACCACCACCGCCGCUUGCAACAUCCGCAGAAGCAGCAGCAGCGCCUACGUGAGCAGUACGCACAGCGCAGAGGCAUGAGGCUCGUGCGCUUCAGCGAGACGAGCGGUGAUGCUUCGCCCCGCCUGGGCUUGGAGCUGGAGGCAGGGGGAGACGUGGUGGCGCUGGGAGGAAGCCGCUUCCAGGGUGGGGACAUGGUCGCCUUCUUGGAAGGCGGAGAGGAGGCGAUGCAAGCGGCCCGGAGGUCGCUGGACCUGCGGGAGGUGGUGGUGCCCCGAAGCCGGCUGCGGCUCCACGCGCCCGUGCACCAGCCCGACAAGGUGGUGUGCGUGGGCAUGAACUACCGCGACCACUGCACCGAGCAGAACGCGGCCGUGCCCACGGAGCCGAUCAUCUUCAGCAAGUUCGCGAGCGCCAUCACGGGGCCCUACGACGACAUCGUCCACUCGGACGAGACCAAUGAGCUGGACUGGGAGGUGGAGCUUGCAUUUGUCAUCGGGAAGCAGGGGAAGCGGAUCGAGGAGGCGGCGGCGAUGAGCCACGUCGCGGGGUUCACGGUGGCGCACGACGUGAGCGCGCGGGACUGGCAGAUGCGACGCAACGGGCGGCAGUGGCUGCUGGGAAAGACGUUCGACUCGUUCUGCCCGCUCGGCCCCGCUCUCGUCACGCCCGACGAGCUCUCUGACCCGCACAAGCUCGGCAUCCGUUGCCGGGUCAACGGGCAGCUCGUGCAGGACAGCAGCACUGAGCAGUUGAUCUUCAAGACGGAGGCGCUGAUUGCCUGGGUGUCCCGGUUCGUGACCUUGUACCCGGGCGACGUCUUCCUGACGGGCACUCCGCCCGGGGUGGGCGUUUUCCGCAAGCCCCCCGUCUUCCUUAAGAGAGGAGACAUGGUGGAGUGCGAAAUUGAUCAGAUUGGAUCCAUCGCAAACAAAGUGGUGUAGCGAAGAUCGUCGCCAAUUCUUUGCAUUGCAGUUGCUUGUUUCGACCACUUAAAUUGUACACAAGCCAAUCUUUUUCAUGCAGAUUUGAUUAUUGACGCCACCCGUGCGACAAAAGUGCGCGCGCAAAUCUGAGAAGACAACUACUUGUAGCUUUUGGAAUUGUCACGCACCAGGUAUUAUCUACGCAGGUAACCGCGCAAAGCGCACGCACGGACUCCACCGAGCGUCGCCCAUGUAUUAUUUGUCAAGACAUUUGAGGGACUACUUUCGGCGGUGACGUGGCCGAGCGGUCCCGUGUUUAUCGCUCGUUGCAUAAGCUUUCGGUUCUAGGCCAGCGGCCGCCCUGGUAAACACUGCCGAGUGGACGAACGAAACGGGCGGUUCGCUUGACAGUGGCCAUGUGCAGCCGGCUUCAUGGGCUAAUCAUGAAAAUGCCCCCCCCCCCCCCCCCCCCAAGCUGUUUUGGGUGAAAUAAUUUGUCAUGGUCAUCUACAGGAGAACUCUGUGGGAUUAUCCACAGUUUUAUUCCCUUCAACUGCUGGGUAAAAAAUAAAUCGUGGAUAACUGGAGGUUAUAUCACGAAUUUGCUGUGCCGGAGGGAGGGGGGUGGGAAGUCGCAGGCAUUCAGAAGCCGCUUUGCCAUGCAUUUAGUAAAAUAGCGGAUAAUAGAAAGAAAUAGGGCCGUGGAUUAGUUUUCGUGGACCAUAUAGCUACAACAAAUAGGAAUGUCGAAUUUCUUUCCCACUCUACGUAGCCAACCGUGCUAAUAGGUGCGAGUCAUGGGUAAUAGGGCCGUGGAUGAGUUUCAUACCGAGACAACUGCAGACGAUACUCGUCUGUGAAACAUGGCGCCUCCAUGGUGGCCUUGUGCUCAAAGAAUGUAGCGAGUACCAAAUGUGCCAAUGAUCUGAUUCGAAGUGCUGUUGAAGAGCCCCCAUUUACUGAGAUUGCCAAGGUUAGGGACUCACCCCUGCAUCCCCCACACCGACUGGGUUAGUACCGCCUUUUACACCAUUCCCCAAUGGAAACAGUGUGGAAGAGUUGAACCAAUAAAGUUGUGAACACCCACCCACCGAAUUUAUUCCGUAGGCACAAAUCGUGUUCUGCGAACACAAUACAAUAAAAAAAAUCUUGCAUAUUU